UACUUUGAGGGAACAUAUACUUGUGAAGUACCACUACCACUCAUCACUCAUCACAUAAAAGUGAUAAAACCCCCCACAUCUCCUUCCUCUUUCUACUCCCUCCCACCUUACCAUAACCCCCUAGAUUUCCAAAUAUGGCACCACCACCGCCCCUCACCUCCACCCUAGCCCUCUCCCUCUCCGCCGUCCUCCUCCUCCUACUCUCCUCCACCUCCCAAGCACACAACAUCACCCGCAUUCUCGCCAAGCACCCCUCCCUCUCCACCUUCAACCACUACCUCACACUCACCCACCUCGCCGCCGAGAUCAACCGCCGCCAGACAAUCACCGUUCUCGCUAUUGACAAUGCCGCCAUGGACGCCAUCCUCGCCAAGCACUUCUCCAUUCCUACCCUCAAGAAUGUGCUUUCCCUCCACGUCCUGGUGGAUUACUUCGGCGCCAAGAAGCUCCACCAGCUCACCGGCGGCUCCACCUUGACUGCCAGUAUGUUCCAGUCCACAGGCACGGCCGACGGGACCUCCGGCUACGUGAACAUCACUAACCUCAAGGGCGGUAAAGUUGGGUUUGGUACUGAAGACAACGACGGGAAGCUCAACUCCUUUUACGAGAAAUCUGUGCAGGAGAUCCCAUACAAUAUCUCCGUCCUCCAAAUCAGUCAGGUCCUAACUUCAGCCGAAGCAGAGGCGCCAACUGCCGGUCCAAGCGACGUGAACCUAACCUCCAUCCUAGCCAAGCAAGGCUGCAAAGCCUUCUCUGACUUGUUGAUCUCAACCGGUGCCGACGCCACUUUCCAGACAAACGUCGACGGAGGACUAACCGUCUUCUGCCCCACCGACGCCGUGGUCAGCGCCUUCGCUCCCAAGUUCAAGAACCUAACUGCUCCACAAAAGCUGGCGUUGGUUUUGUACCACGGUAUUCCGGUAUACCAGUCCCUUCAGAUGCUAAAAGACAACAACGGCCUCAUCAACACUCUUGCCACAGACAAGGGCAACAAGUACGACUUCAAGGUGCAAAACGACGGCGAGGAGGUGACCGUGGAAACCGAGGUCGUGACGGCGAAGAUCACCGGAACUGUGCUGGACCAGGAUCCUUUAGUGAUCUACAAGGUGAACAAAGUGUUGCAGCCUAAGGAACUGUAUAAGGUGGUGAAGACUAAGAAGGCUAAGGCUGCUCCCUCUCCCAAGGCCGACGCUCCGUCAGAUGACGACGCGGACGCGCCGUCGGAGGAAGUUGCUGACGCGCCGUCAGAGGAUAGUUCGGAGGAUGCCACGGCUGAUGACAAUGGAGUGAGUGGGUUGAUGAAGGGCGGGAGAUUGGUUUUGGUUGGUUUGAGUUUGUGUGUUGGGGUUUUGCUUAUGUGAUUACUAGAUUGAGAGAGGUUGAUGAAUUUCUGGUGGAGAUUUGAAUUCUUUUUCAUUUGGUGCAGUGAAUAAUAUUGGAAAAUUGAAAAGGUGAGUGUUUUGUUCAAAUUAAAUAUCUUUUUAUAGUUUUUGGGGCUCUUCAUGAUUUGUAAUUUUGUAUAGUGUUGAUGUACUAAGUUAUCGGAAACAAAAGAAAAAUUGUAUUGUACCAAAGUUCCAAAGAAAGAAAAAGAGAGACUGGAGUGUACUA